AUGGACAUGGGCAACCGCCUCAAGUGCAACCAGACCACCGAAGAGCUUCUGCUGUGCUCAUGCGACCGCUACAGAAACAAAUGCGAAGGCGAAAACAACAUCACUGAGUGCCACGAUGUACUACCCACAUCACUUGUGCGCAGCACCACAACCAACCCCACCUCAUGGAUAGCAGGCAACGUCAACCUCAGAGACAACUCAGGGGCUAC